GAAUUUCAUGGAAAGAGACUAGAUCCUUUAUAGGUAACUUCAGAGCAAGUUGCUGACCAGUCAAUGUAGUUCCGAUUCGAGUCUCGACCUAGACCCCGCAUUGGCCAGCUUUUCGUUUGCAAAUCCUUCAGGUCAUACGAAAACAUCGAUGUUCAAUGUCCUUCCUGAGAAAGAUGUAUUCCCCAGUUUUCAAUGGGACUCUCCAAUGGCAACAGAACCAGUACCCGGUGCCCUGACGACUAGUACGCGUAGAUACGGCACCGCUCACUUCAUGAGCUCCGACACUAGUACUAAAGCCAGCGACUUCGCUUCAGAUGACUGGCUACUUUGGAAUCCAGGACCGCCUGGUGCUACACCUCCGCUUGUCAAGCACAGUAUGGAAACGCUCUUACGGGUUAUCAGGACAUACCCGAAAAUGCUGGCGAAGGGGUUUCAGACGCCACCAAUAUUACACUUCACACAUACGAGUCCCGAGAGCAUACUGUGGCCCAUGGCGAAUUGCCUUAGCAUUUCGAAAAUGUGGGCAGACCAGAGCGACGGCGCCACUGACAUCAUCCGACGGACAAUAGUCCAAGAGAUGAGAUCCAUUUUCGAGCAGUACCGAUCACUGGACGAAAAGCAUCUUCUAGCGGCGCUUCAGGCUUUGACCAUGUAUACAGUCAUAUUGAUGUUUCCGGGUAGAGGCCAGCUCUCUGUCUCGCUGGUUGACCCGGCCAUCUUUCUCUGUCUGCAAAGAGUGGUGAACUACGUCUCGAAGACGGGUCUCUUGCUUACAGAAGAGAGGGAUUGUAAGCGGCCAUCAUGGGAGUCCUGGAUCCACGUCACCGCGAAACGUCGGGCAGUUUUUACGCUGUAUCUCCUCCACUGGUCCUACUCAGUUUAUCACGGUCUCCAAUCCUUCGCCUGUAGUCAGCUGGGAUUUUUGCCAGCACCAGCUCCCAAGUUCUUGUGGCAAGCAGAGAACAAGGACAAGUGGGAACAUCUCUACUAUCAAUGGCUCGUGCAAUGGGGCGAGUUUCCGUACAUGAUGCACGAAUUCGCAGCAAUUCUCCCGGGCACGGCUUUGGAACCACGAACGGAGAAGUGGCUGGAAGAUGCGGAUGAGCUGGGAGUCCUCUUCUUCUCAAUAGGUACAACAGUCCACCCGUGCGUACAAUGGUGGUAAGUGCGCUUACCACAGGUAGUCAACGCGACGGAUCGAGGGAGUCCUGUGUACGAUCACGGCAAC